AUAUCCAUUUUUACUUUGUGGCUGUGGUAACUAGUGACAACCGACCCGAGCGCCCCGUUCUGAACUUCAACAACGGUGAGACGUCUGCUGAAGUUAAAACUGCACGGGGACCGAAGAGGCGCCCGCUUUCAUCACCUMGUUUUUUCUCAUUCUUGGAACGAUGKRGUUUAAUCCAAAGAGGACUGUUUUGACGUUGCUUUUGAUCCAGUGUUGGAGCAUCCCCCGAUCCCUAUCCUUUAAUGUGGGGACGGCAGGAGCCAAGGUAUUCUCUGGACCUGCCCUAGAGGAGUUUGGAUACACUGUGAAACAGUUCCGAAAUCACCAGGGGAAAUGGUUGCUGGUUGGUUCUCCCUGGAGUGGAUACAACCAGGACCGGAAAGGAGACAUCUACAACAAGUAUAACAAUACUGAAGAGUAA